UCUCAAGAAUGAGAUGCCACAGCAUUAGGUAUGAAUGACUCUACGAAGCCAACGAGGAGUCAUUUCUCAUUGAACUUGAGGAGCAACAGCGCUUCCAAGAUACCUUGGCGAAUUAGAGAAUCUGCGGUAGAGUCAAAAUGACAUUGAAAAACAAUAUACAAAACAAAGCACUACGGAAAGUUGCCCAUCCAGUCGACGAAGAUGGAGUGAGUGUACUCUCCACAAAGUUCCUGAUCCUAGCAAUGAACACGCCUUUUAAGGUGGUAAGCUGCUUCCAUCCUGCACACCAAAGGAUAGACAAGCUCUGCCAUGACGGCCAACUACGCUGGGGGUGGUGGAGGCGGAACGUAGUCGUUGCCUGGCGGUGGUGGUUGGAACUCGGGUGGAGGAGGAGGAGCUCCGGCAUCUGGCGGUGGUGGUGGCGCACUGCCGUAUUGUUGCAAGAAAGAGCUGAUACCAGGAGGAGCAGAAGGUGGUGGAGGAGGAGCACCGUAGGCGGCCUGAGAAUCGUAGCCAGGAUAACCACCGUAGCCGUAACUCUGUCCACCAGGUGGGGCUUGCUGCUGCCAUGGAGCAGCUUGCUGACCUGGGGCCGCUCCAUACUCUGCUUGAGUGUUACCAGCACGACUCUGCUGCCAUGGCGGAAGCGAAGAUCCUCCAUCUCGGUCUCGUCGGUCUUGUUGCCAUGGGGCAGCCGCACCAGUCGGCUGUCUUGCCCAGGGACGUGCAUCGUUGCCGCCGCCAGCCCCGUAUGAAUCCCCUUGAUCGUAGCCACCAGGCGCAGCCUCAAUGCGACCAACGGGACCAUCACCAGAAGGAUUGCCCGAGAGUUCUUGCAUAAGCAUACCUCCAUCUCCCUGUCGACUGCAUCUGAAGGACCAAGACGUCGUUGUGGCCCACCAAACCCUCCUGGUACAUUGUUGCGCGCGUCGGUACCGCGCUGUCUAUCCGGACAGUCGCGAGCCAUGUGGCCGGCAUUUCCGCAAACUCGGCAGAUAAUGUUGGCAGUGAAGUUGCGUUGUUCAGGACAAUCGUACUUGCGGUGUCCGAUUUGACCACCUGGAAAGGUUAGUUAACCCCCCGAUUGUUUGAGAAUGCAGAAGCUUACAA